CGCCGCGAUUCGUGUAACUGUAUUUUUUUGAAGCCCCCACAGCAUCCCGCGACGCAGUGCGCUGCCGAACUGGUGCGAUGGCGGUCUGUCGGCUCGCUGUCCUGCUGGUCGCCGCUGCCGUGCCCACCGCAGCUCUGAAGGCCAGCGCAGACCGAAAGACGGACGUCGCCCUCGAGGCACUCCUCGACAUCGUGAUCCACCGCCGCAGGGAGUCCGAGGGCGUUCACGCGGAUGCCGCUGCGGCGAAGUCCGCGGGAGAAGGCUCGGACGCAUCGGUGACGCUGUCCCCGCAGGAGCGGGCCGCCUUGCAUGCCUCCAAGUUCGAGAAGGAGUUCGUGGUGGACCUCGACAUGUCUGAUGCUGUCGACAAAAAGAAGUCGGUCGGCGUCGUGUUGGACUUGGACACUGAUU